AUGCCGAACAAGCCGAUAUUUGUCGCUACGCAUCCGCGGGCAUGCUCAACUGCCUUUGAGCGGGUCUUCAUGACUCAGCGAGAUACCAUACAGUGUGUCCAUGAGCCAUUCGGCGAUGCAUUCUACUACGGUCCGGAGCGCCUUUCCGGCCGAUUUGCCGACGAUGAACAAGCACGUCUGGAUAGUGGAUUCGCCAAUUCGACUUAUAGCACCGUGAUGGAAAGAAUCGAGCGUGAAGCUACUGAGGGAAAGCGGGUUUUCAUCAAGGACAUCGACCAUUACCUGCUUCCGCCAAAUGGCCAGCCCGCCAGCACCGCCCCAUCUCUACUGCGCACUAAGCGUGGUGUCGGGACCAACGGCGUUACACACGAGGCCAACGGUGUGAACGGUCACACCAAAGGCGUCAACGGCGUAAACGGUCACCAUGAAACCAGCGGCCAGACCAACGGCCAUUCCAAUCGUACCGCCAACGGUCACACCAAUGGAACCUCAAAGGAACCCUACCCGUACGACACGCCCACCGAGCCGGGAAACCCAACCGUAAUGCCACGCGAAAUGCAAGAACAGUUCCAUUGGGCUUUUCUAAUCCGCGACCCGCACUACAGCGUCCCGUCGUACCUGCGGUGCACAAUCCCGCCUCUGAGCGAGGUAACCGGGUUCCACAACUACGACCCUCUGGAAGCUGGGUACGACGAGCUGCGCCGGCACUUCGACUACCUGCGGGAGACAGGUCUGAUCGGGCCUCGCGUGGCGACACGUCCGGAGCUGGGCGGUAGCGAUAAGGCGCAGGGGGUUGAGAUCUGCGUGAUUGAUGCGGAUGAUAUGCUCGAUGAGCCGGCAAAGACUAUUGAAGCUUUCUGUGGUAGCGUUGGGUUGCCGUAUAAGCCCGAGAUGCUUUGCUGGGAUAAUGAGGAGGAGCAUGCCGUUGCGAGGAAUGCGUUUGAGAAGUGGCGUGGGUUCCAUAAUGAUGCUAUUGAGUCCAAGGCUUUGGUGCAGAGGGAUCAUAAACGCACCAUCAAGACCGAGGAGGAAUUCGACGCUGAGUGGGUGAAGAAGUAUGGCGAGGAACAUGCCACUUUGAUCCGCCAGACUGUCGACCGCAACAUGGCGGACUACCUGUAUCUCAAGUCAUUCGCCAUGAAGGUCUAG